AUGGAUAAGGCCACCCAAACCCCCCGGAGAACCCUACCCUCGCCACUUUUCCUCCCGCUCGCUGCCUCCUUCUUCCUCACGCACUGCCGAGCCAUCAACGCCAUGGUUCUCCUCGUCCGCAUGCUCCCUAUCGUCCCCGCGGGGUGGGACCUUUCAAGCAGCGCCUUCGCUGUCCGCCACGUCGACUACGCCGCCGGAUUGAGGCCGGGAGGCCACCACAUCGACCGGAUCGACGCCAUCUUCUUCCUCGGUUCUUUGGGGUUCCUAACGCCCCAGCGCGCCCCUUCCCCGGUGCCUCCGAUCCCCACCCGCCACCGUCGCUCCUCCGGUCCGGCGAGACCAGCACUGCCCUCGACUCUACAACACAUCUCCGCUCCUAUCGCAUCUCAGAGACGGCAUGCUCCACUUGGCUUCAAAUGCACCGUGGGCCUGCUCCACUUGGCUUCCACAGCACCACCGGCAGACGAGCCCGGAUGCCAUCGUCCGAACUGCCACACCGCCCAGCCGCAACGCUCCUCCAGCCACCAUCCGGCGGCGCACGGUGCUCCAAGUACGUCCUGUGGAUGCCUCCUCCUCUUGCCUACUCUUUGCGAAGCGCACGACCGUCUCCCUUCUGCCCCAUCCAUCCAGUUCUCUUCCGCCGUCAGGUCGCACCCUCUUCCUUCUGCAGGCCACCACCUCCUGCUUCUGCAGGCCGUGCCACAUCCCCCCACCCGCAGCGGACAGGCCGUUCACCGCCGGCACCAUAGUCCGUUCACUACCGACAGCCAAGGCCGUUCAACGAUGCAACGACGAGUACUAGUUUGGAAGGCCAGGAAGUUCUACUUCUGGCAUAAGCCAACGGAGCAUCGGUCGAAGAAGGCCGAUGCGCCUCGUGCCAGCUCCGGGCAUCGCCGGAGGCCCUAUCUGUUCUUCCACCCCCCCGGUGCACUCACCGUCGAGCCUAUCCAUGCACAACUCUAGUAUUUAUGAGCUUCAGGCUUGUCGUUGUUCAUGCAGAUUAAUUCUUUGUUAAUUGCUAUUGCACAUUCAGUAAAUGUAGCCUUUGUAUUCUCAGUGAAGUUUUAUUGUGAAGAUGUUUUAAUGCACACCGAAACCAGAUUGUCUGCUGCUACAUGCGCAUCAUAUGCGUAUUUUUCCAUCGAGAAACCUCAUCAUAUGUAAAUGUCUUCUAACUCUAGAUUUUGAUGAUGCAAAGUUGUAUCCGUGUACACAUUUUUUAUUUCUAUUGCUCUUGGUUCAAAUGACCAAUUGCUAUAUGUUCC